UUGUUUGAUUUGAAAGUAAUUUUGUCCUACUUAUUACUAUUUGUUAAGAAGUACUAUCAAAAACUAAGUAGAGUCACUUUCUUUAGAGAUUUGGUACUAUUAAUAUUUUUUUUGUGGUUUGAUAUAGAAUUUUAUGUUGCAAAAACUAAGGAAAUAAUCAAGAAGACAUACUUCUUGUAACUUAGGUUAACUUGCUUCCAUCUGUCGUAUUUUUUAUGGAUAGAGUUAUUUGUUACUCGUUGGUGGUGGUGGAAGAUACCAGGUAUGUUGUGGAAUUAGUCGAGUUUUUAGUCCAAAUAACUUAUCUUGCUUCCUUCCGUUUUAUUAUCCUUAGUAGAUAGAGUUACAUGAUCGCUAGUCAUAUGUAUUCCAUGGAAUUAAUUGAGUUUUUAGUCCAAAUAACUUAGCUUCCUUCUGUUCUAUCUUGGUAGAUAGAGUUAUUUGCUAUCCUUCCUUGGUGGAAGGGUGCAGGUAUCUCGUGAAAUUAGUCAAGAUGCGCGUAAACUGAUUAGAACACAUAAAAAAAUUAACUUAGCUUAAUCAGGUACAUUUUGCCAUUUCUCUCUAAAUUUUUAUUUUUUUAUUUUUUUGGUUUAGGCAGAGUGAGGCUUGCUAGCUAGUAAAAAGUUUUCAAGUCAAAAUCAAGAAUGAAAAGGGAGUUAAAUGAGGUUUAUUAUGGUGGCAACAAAGAAGAUGUGCAUGUAUUUGAGAAUAUUAAUAUGGUGCCUACUGAUUUUGAUCCUAUGGAUGAUACAGAUAUUUGGCUUAAUGGAAAUUUCUCUAAUGAUUUUACUUCUCUUCAAGAUUUUCCAUGCAUGUCUUCUUCAUCAUCAACUUCCAAUUCCCUUCCUACUGAACAACCUGAUCCAUCUUCUAGUUGGGCUGUUCAAAAAUCUGAUGCUGAUGAACAAUAUUUCGACACAAUUAGUGAUCAAGAAUGUCUAAAUGUGAUGGAUUUAAUCGACGGGGAUCAUGAAUUUCUUGACCCUAUGAUCUCUUUUUUCCAUAGUGGAGAAAAUCAACAACAAAAAGAACAAGCAAAUGAUGAGCAAGUGUCUAUUUUUCAAGGGGAUAGUGAGCUUGCGCUUAUGUUUUUGGAAUGGUUAAAGCAAAACAAAGAUAACAUUUCUGCUGAAGACAUGAGGAGUAUUAAGCUUAAACGUUCGACAAUUGAGAGCGCGUCAAAACGAUUGGGAAGUACUAAAGAAGGGAAAAAACAGUUGUUGAGACUCAUUCUUGAUUGGGUUGAACAACACAGGUUGCAAAAGAAACAAAUGAGAGAAGAACAGAGUCUUCAAAACUCUGCCCCUCUUAACUUUAAUAAUCCAAAUGCUUGCUUUUAUAAUGCCCCGUUCCCCGAUUCGUCCCCUGUAAUGACAGGGCCAAUACAGGGGUACAUUGGUGAUCUGUAUUCUAACGGAUCUUUAUUCGCGCCUCCUUAUAAUCAAACAAUGAGUGGAAGUGCAACUUCUCGGUCUUGGUCUCCAUCGCAAUUUACAAUGGCGACCGCUUCUCAAUACAAUCCAUUUCCUGAUAAUGAUAGUACUAAUAAUGUUGCUAUACCUGAUCAGCCUUUAUUCAGUGCUCAAUAUGAUCCGUACCAAGUUUUCGAUGGGAACAGUGAGAGAUUGGCAAGGUUGGGCACUUGUGCUACUAAAGAGGCUAGGAAGAACAGAAUCGCUAGGCAGAGACGAGUGCCGUUGCAUCAUUAUCGCCAUCAGACUCAGAAUCAAAGACAAAUUAGUAAUGAGAAAAGUGUAAUGAUGGGUGGAAAGAUCAAUAAUUGUGCAAUGUCUCGAGCUAACAGUCUAGGAAAUUGGGUAUAUUGGCCUUGUGCUGCUGCUGCUCCGCCAAUCGCCAUGGUUCCAUUGGCUGAUACUCCACAAGCACUUCCUAUGGAGAGGACAGCGGUGAAAUCACAAAAGCAUCAGAAACAUGGUUCGACUGACAAAAGACAGGCUUGCAAAACAGAGAAGAAUCUCAAAUUUCUCCUGCAAAAAGUGCUGAAGCAAAGUGAUGUUGGCAAUCUAGGAAGAAUUGUGUUACCAAAGAAAGAAGCAGAAAGUCAUCUCCCACAACUUGAAACAAGAGAUGGAAUCUCAAUUGCCAUGGAAGACAUUGGAACUUCUCGUGUUUGGAACAUGAAAUAUAGAUUUUGGCCAAAUAACAAAAGCAGGAUGUACCUUCUUGAGAACACAGGUGAUUUUGUCCUUGCUAAUGGACUUCAAGAAGGUGAUUUCAUUGUAAUAUACGCCAACAUAAAGUGUGGCAAAUAUUUGAUACGAGGAGUAAAAGUGAGGCCGAAUGGAGCAAAAUCAGACAGCACGCAGCCAGCAAAGAAAAUCGUUCGUAAAAUAGCUGCUGUUGAUUCAUCUCCAUUUGCACAGGCUGUUCGAUAGUCCAGGAAAAGAGAAAUUAAU